ACUAGCUGCAUGCGAGCCUUGGCUGGUGCUUCAAUUUAGAGUUUACAUUCACAGCACACACGCACUCCCAUACACCGAGCCAUGGCUUCAGUGAGUGUGGUAGGACCAGGACAACAUCGCCCGGCUCCCGACCACCAGCUAGUCUUUCAUAAACUAAAGGCCGCCGGGAAGAAUAAAAUAACGUUACCGUGGAAAUCCUCCGUGGAGAUCAUCCUCGGGAAGAGCUCGGUGACCGCCGAAACCGAACGGCAUUCCCGCGUAUCAGCAGUCACAGCCUCCCCACUAAACCCGUCCCUGACCCUGGGACAACAAGGAGCCGCAGCCGGUGUUGGAGGGGGGGGUCCCGGGGUGAGGCGUGAGGCUCAGCCGGUGCUGGUGCCACGUAGUUCAGACAGAGAGAGCGACAGCAGCAGCCCUGACUGUGGAGACACUACAGCGGCGAGGGAGAAGGACACUGGUCAAAGCGGACGGAGCGGCAGCGGGAAUGACUCAACCCGUGAUCGAAGGAGUUCCCUGAAGAUCCUUACAAAUGUUAUGUCAAGCACGUCAGCUAACACACAGAUGAUAGACGUCAAGUGUGACGGAUCAAGCGCGCCAACAAACGGACACAUGGGAGCACACUCACGUCGGGACCGUCCGGUCAGAAGGCGCGCAUCCCACAGCCCCAAUGGUCAGACCACAAGGCUGGUGACCAAAGGGGACACCGGGGGACCACCGCUGGAGCGGUUGACACAGGGAAGGACCGGGGUCGUUAAACUCGCGCGCACAGAAUCCCACCGAAGGGAGGUCUGGUCAAUAUUUGGCUCCCAGGAGCAGGAGGACGCGCGCGUGCGGUCGGAGACAGGAGAGGGCCACACGUUUGGGACCAGAACCGUGACUCAGGACUGGUGCGACGUCUGUAACCAGCGGAUCAGUGUUCAGCAGGCGCUCAAGUGUAAAAACUGCAACUACACCUGUCACCAGGAGUGUGGCGGGCGGGUCCAGCUGGACUGCAACCAGAGAGACAGCAACCCACGGGAAAGGACAUCUCCCAGAAGACACUGCUCCACGCCUCCUCAGUACAAGCAGAAAGAGGUCGAAGAGGAGAGAGGGCCCAAGGCUCUGUCAGAGGAAGAAUUACGGGCCAAGAUAGAGGACUACAACUCUACGGUCUCAGAGAAUGGCAUGAAACUGGGUGCUGAUGGUUUGUACACUGGCUUCAUUAAGGUCCACCUCAGACUAAGUCGACCAGUCACGGUGCUUGCUGUGGAGGGGACGGGAUUAGACGGCCAGGCGGAAAGACGGCCAAUGACUGUGUCAGAGGGCCAGGAGGGGGCGGGAGCAGGGUUCAGUGAGAAGCGGACGUCGUUCUACCUGCCCAGUGACUGUGUGAAGCAGAUCCACAUCAGUAGUACUACCACAGUCAGGGAGGUCAUACAGGGCCUGCUGAAGAAGUUUAUGGUGCAGGAUAACCCACGCAAGUUUGCUCUGUACAGACAGACACACCGCGAUGGACAAGAUCUGUUCCAGAAGCUUCCUCUUGUGGAGUGUCCUCUCGCUCUGAGACUGGUGGUGGGUCCAGAUCCUGAGCUGCUCAGCUUCGUCCUCAAGGAGAACGAGACUGGAGAAGUGGAGUGGCAUGCGUUCUCGGUGCCUGAGCUGCAGAACUUCCUGGUGAUUCUGGAGAAGGAGGAGGCAGAGCGUGUGCGAUUGGUGGAGCAGAGAUUCGCAGUCUACCGACAGAGCUUGCAGAAGGCAUUACGGGAGGAUCAACCCUGACCCCUCACCCUUCAUCUCUCACUCUGACCUUUCAACCCUCACCCUCUUUUGACCCAGGGAGAGACAGGAGCCCACUGAGGCUUAGAUUACUAUUCUCCCCUCAGGACACGGGCAGCCCCUCCCUCACUCCUCACAUCCCCUCUGGAGAAGGGAGGCGGGGUUGAGAAAGCACGGACAGGGGAAAAGGGACUGUUUGAGGGAUGAGUGGACAGGAUGCUAGAACAAAAGAAGUCUGUGUAUCCUUGCGAGUAAAAAGACACUGAACUGAAGGACCGACCGUCUGACUUCAUGGGGCUCGGAUAUCUUGGUUUGAUCUGACAAUCUGACCUGAUGGGUCUUCUAGUGUUACAUUGAAUCUCAGUUUGGUCUGAGAAUGUUUUGAAGAUUCUACUGCUGCUGCCGCUGCUACUGCAAGUGUUGCUUACGCAUGAGUCUCACCUUGCUCUAUCUGCCCCGGUGCCCAUGCAUAAAGAUUUAGGUGUGUGGACCAUUUGAAAUGUUCCGUUACUUGAUGUUUAUUAUAUCAACUCUCAUGUGUUGUCCCUGCAUGCCUUGUGUCCAGGGCCGAGGGUAGGAUGGGGGGGUUGUCAUGGUUGGAUUGGGAAGCAGGGUUGGUAUGGUGGGGUACAUCUGUGUAGGGUUAGGGUGUGGAAAAAGGAACACCAGAAUCCAUUCUCAUCUUCAGACUCCUCUCAUAUCAGUCCCAGGGAUGUACAGCAGUGUUUCUCAUGGAACCGCUCUAUUAAGCCCAGAAGGCUACAGAAUCGUAAGAAGACUUGAACAUCUCUGUCCUAACUUCUUUAUCCAGCACUGAAAUGAACCCUCUAUCUCAGGCGGCUAACUUGCACUUAACCCUGCGUCUCCCUCUACCAGAGUAGCCAUGCUAGUGUGGGAGGUCUUGUGCAGACAGACGUGUAUUUCAUAGGUAGAUGUUAUUCCCAUCUCUUCAGACAUCCGUUUGUGUACCCUGACAGCAGUCACACACAUAUAUAUAUAUAUAGCAACAUACAAUAGGCCUUAUAUACCCAAUAGAUAUCCACCCUGUUAUUCAUUAACCCAUUCUACGUAAGCAUACGGAACGUAAACAAUCAAAACAAGUAAGCAUUCCUUCACUGCUUGAACCGUCUGCUGGUGUUUUAAGCAUUUACAAACCGCUCAAUGGGAUGUUGAUGUUCUGAUUCUCCGUGAACUGUUCACCCUGUCAUCAGUAACCCCCGACCCCUAUCUCCUAACCUGGAAAUGGACAUUUCGUCUGAUGGGAGACGUGCCGUGCUGCUGUGUCUGUGUAGAGCGUAUGCAGCUGUAGCUAAUGUUGUUAGAGGCCUGUUAGAGCCAGCCACUCUGUGCUGCUGUGACAGGCCCAUGAAGCCCUGCCACUGAGCAGACUGUUACAGGACUGAGUGAAUGAGAGGAACCGAUGCUUAAACACUGACUGGAGGUCAAGGGUCAUACCGCGAGGAGGUACUCCUGGUCAGUUCAUGUGGACAGGAAAAACUCCUGUCUGUAUUGUUCAUUGAGAAACACCAUUCUGUUGAUCACACCCAAGUUAAGAGGGACAGGAACCCUGUGUCCCUCUCUCCCCAGAAGUAGUGGGAUAUCUCACUGGAAAUAUGACUUAUUGUAGAAUAAACAAACUGAUUCUGGCCACAGGUCUGUAGAGUAUCCUAGAGAAGGGGCAUGAAAUUCGGCAUGAAAUUAGUGAUUAUUUUGUAGAAAUUGAAUUUUAUCGUACCAAUGAUGUUUAUCUGAGUGUGACGCAUACAGUGCAUUCAGAAAGUGUUCAUACCCCUUGACUUUUUCCACAUUUUGUUGUGUUUCAGCCCGAAUUCAAAAUGGAUUCAAUAUUUUCUUUCAUCCAUCUACACAUAAUGUCCCACAAAGAGAAAACAUGUUUUUAGAAAUGUUUGCAAAUGUAUUGAAAAUGAAAUGCAUAAAUAUCUCAUUUACAUAAAUAUUCACACCCCUGAGUCAUAUGUUGUAGAAGCAACUUUGGCAGUGAAGACAGUCUUUUUGGGUAAGUCUCUAAGAGCUUCGCACACCUGGGGCCUCGUUUAUCAAUCAUGCAGAUGCACAAAUCUGUGUGUAAACCAUACAUGGAGUCGUUUCCCCACAAAGUGUGAGAUUUAUGAAUAUGAACGCUUGCUUGAGUGUGCAUAAAUGUAUGCACGACCGUGACCAUGCUUACGCACAGUGCCAAAUGCUGGAAUAUGGGAACUGCUUGUUGAGUGUAGAAUGGGGAAAUAUACGUUGAAAAUGUGUGACAUUAUUUGAGUAAUAAUUAAAUCAUUUUUUUAUUUCAUUGUAUUUCCAUUGUGGAUUUAUGCAACAUACCUUGACAUGCGAUAUAAUUUGACCGCAUCAGUACACGUGUUUCGAUAAUAAUCCAUAUAAAGUACAGUCGUUUGUUAAACUAUUUCGAACAUUGUUGAAAUGCUAUAAAAGCCUGAGCUAAUGCGAAAUGGCAAGAGCGUUGGCUGAUCCUGCUCGGUUUGAAGAUUAGGCACACGCUGCAUUUUGUAGAGACUGGUGGGACCUUUUCUGCAGAAAGUACAGAUUGGCUCAUCAGAUAUCAUUGAAUUUUGAGAGGAUUUAAGACCUACUUUAAAAAGGGUACUUUUAAGGGUACUUGGCAACGGGUACAUUUCUGCGUGGGGGCUUGCCGUUCGGCAUCUCACAGCCCUUGAUGAGCCAAUGUUUUGGAUGAAGUCAUCAGCAACACUUAGCUAUACAUACAAGUUCCAUACACCAUCGCACAACACAUUGAAGUCAAGAGGGCUUUCUUUGCCAUGAUGCCAACAACGAGUACCCGAAUAGGAACGGAGCAAUAGACGGCACCCACAUUGCCAUCAAAUUACCAUCCCAAAACUAUUUCAACUAUGUGAACAGAAAAGGCUUCCACUCUUUAUGUGCAGGUUAUUAUGAUGCGCAAAAGACGCUGCUGAAUGUGGUGGCGAGGCGGAACGCACGACUCGUUCAUUCUGCAGAACAGCAAUGUCGGCCUAUACGCCUGUCCGAGGGAGCUGUGGAAGAUGGAUGGCUUAUUGGUUAGUGUUACCUACUUAUUUUAAGUAUAUUUGCCAUUGCUAAAGCAACUUGAAUUGUCAUAAUGGUCCUCUUUGUAGCCAUGUUUUUUUUGUUUUGUUUACUGGUUAAAGCCACAACUGAGCGAGCCAAAUAAACUGUUUUGGUUGUACUCACUCUGACACUAGCACCUCUUUUUCAGUCUCAGAUUUUUCUUCUUCUUUGCCGUUUUGGUUAGGCUGUUGUAUUUCAUGGUAUGGGGUUGUAUAUUCCCCGCGUGCUUUAACGUGCUGCUUUUGAAAUGAGGUUUGCAUUUGAAAAUGCCCCUAAUUAAACAUUGUUUAAUUAUGUUUAUUUAGGGUCAUUUUGAAACGCAAACCACCAAGGUCAUGCAAGAGCACUGAGGCUGAGAACAAUUGGUAUUUAUAAACGGUUUAUCUCCUACCAGUGUGCAUGUGAUGCUCGUAGGAUUGUUUGAUGAAUCACACCGUUUCUAUGCAUACACCAUUCUAGAGUAUUUUAGAGUAGUUUCCAUGCAAUAUUGAUAAAUGAGGCCCCUGGAUUGUACAAUAUUUGCCCAUUUAUUAUUAUUUUUAAUUAUUCAAGCUCUGUCAAGUUGAUCAUUCAUUGCUAGACAGUCAUUUUCAAGUCUUACCAUUUUUUUUAUUUUUAUUUUUGAAACUCCCUAGUCCAGGGUUUCCCAAACUCGGUCCUCGGGACCUCAAGGGGUGCACAUUUUGUUUCUUACCCUUGCACUACACAGCUGAUUCAAAUAAUCAACUAAUCAUCAAGCCGGAGGACAGAGUUUGGAAAAUGCUGCCAGGCCUUGCCGAUGACAAGCAUACCCAUAACAUGAUGCCACCACCACCAUGCUUGAAAAUAUGAAGAGUGAUACUCAGUGAUGUGUUGUAUUGGAUUUACCCCAAACAUAACACUUUGUAUUCAGGACAAAAAGUUCAUUUCUAUGCCACAUUGUUUUAGUGCCUUGCUACAAACAGGAUGCACGCUUUGGAAUAUUGUUAUUCUGUACCGGCUUUCUUCUUUUCACUCUGUCAUUUAGGUUAGUAUUGUGGAGUAACUAUGUUGUUGUUGAUCCAUCCUCACUUUGAUCAUAUCCCACCAUUAAACUCGUAACUGUUUUAACAUCUCCA